CAAUCCGCAUGAGUCAGUGAACUGACCAUGUGCUAGACCCGCUGCCUUUCGGGUGUUCAUUUAAUCGAAGGCUUUGGCUGAGGACCCGAGUCGUUCUCCUGUCAGGUGUGGGCGCCCUGGCAGUAUCCUAGUCCAUCCUCUCCGGAGGUUAGGAAGUGGUCGAUGGCCCACUUCCCGUAAAACCUAGCCAUGGGAGACAACAGGUUACGGGUUAUAUUCUCAAUGCUCGAUUGGCGUAGAGCACGAGUACCACGCAUUGUCUCUGACGGUGGGAGGACACCUCCGGGUGUUCAAUGGUUUGCUACUGCCCGCCUCAAGCCAGGCAGCCCCUGGUCAAAUUGGUGCAAACCCGCCAAAAACCCACCUGCGUCUGGCCGUGGUCGCAGGUGCGUAUCCAAUUACGGUCGCAAAACAUAUGAUAACUGUUCCAGAACCUCAAAGGCUGCGUGUGACGGCCGUCAAGCAGAUCCCCAUCUGUCUCUGCAAUCACAUUCCCGAGCUGGAUCUGCUCUCCACUGCCUUGUGGGUCAGGCUAUUGAGCCAAAGGCUCCGGGUGGAGUCCCUCAAGCAAACCUCCAAACCACCCACUGCCUUGUGGGUCAGGCUAUUGAGCCAAAGGCUCCGGGUGGAGUCCCUCAAGCAAACCUCCAAACCACCCACUGCCUUGUGGGUCAGGCUAUUGAGCCAAAGGCUCCGGGUGGAGUCCCUCAAGCAAACCUCCGAAGGACAACGACCACCUCGCGUGCGAUUGCCCACCAAUGCAAUCGUAUGCCUGCGCGCAAAGCACUCAACAUCGGGUGCUGGAACGUGCGCACACUACUGGACCGGAACUCGAGCGAGCGCCCGGAGCGACGCACUGCACUGGUCGCAAUGGAGCUGGCGCGCUACCACAUCGAUAUUGCGGCGCUCAGUGAAACUCGGCUCGCUGAGCAAGGUAAGUUACAUGAAGCAGGUGCUGGCUAUACAUUCUACUGGGUGGGGAACGCCGCCUCAGCACCACGUGAACAUGGGGUCGGAUUUGCAAUAUCCGAUCGCCUGAAUGGCCAGCUGGUGGGUGAACCAACGGGCAUCAGCGCGCGACUGAUGACUGUUCGCCUGCGACUCGGAAGAGGUAAGUUUGCUACUUUUAUAAGCACGUACGGUCCGACCAUGUGUUAUCCUGAUGACACGCGUGAUCAGUUCUACACUGAGCUAUCCUCCGUGAUACGGUCUGUGCCGAGGAGCGACCGACUAUUUCUGCUGGGUGAUUUCAACGCGCGCGUUGGGCGUGAUGCAUCAGCGUGGACAGAUGUUAUCGGUGCGCAUGGCAUUGGUUCAGCGAAUGCGAACGGUGACAGGCUGCUCUCACUGUGUGCCACUCACGGCCUGACGAUCACGAACACUCGGUUUGCACUGAGUGCGAGUGAUAUAGCAACUUGGACGCACCCACGGAGUGGUCACGCUCACCUGCUCGACUAUGUCAUCGUACGUCAGCGUGAUAUGCGUGAAGUGCGCAUGACACGUGUACUGCGUGGAGCUGAGUGUGGCACUGAUCACAAAUUGGUUCGGACCAAACUGUACAUAUAUUUUCGUAAAUCGAUGUAUUGCACUCCCGCCGUGAAUCGGCGUAAAUUUAACAUUCUCUCCCUCGGCACUGUGGCGAAACGUGCUGAGCUGGAGAAGGCGAUGGCUGCACGCCUGUGUGGUGAUGUGGACUGUAUAGCCACAGUGGGCGACCUGUGGCACCACAUUCGCGACCAGGUGACAGCUGCUGCGGAGGAGACCAUCGGGCGCGCAAACUGUAAGCGGCCUGAUUGGUUUGAUGACAACAAUGUGACGAUUGACGCAUUGGUGUCAGAGAAGAAUGCAGCAUUUGCUGCACAUGUUGCAGACCCCAGUGACUUGGGGAAGAGUAGUCAGUUUCGCAAACUUCGACGGCGACUGACCCGAGAGCUCCGUCGCAUUAAAAAUGCAUGGUGGACGGAGAAGGCGAAGCAGAUGGAAUGCUACGCCGAACGCCGUCAACACAAGGAAUUCUUUGACUCCUUGAAGGCGGUGUAUGGACCGAGAUUGGAGCCGCUGAGGACACUGAUCGAUGGUAGUUCAGGCGCUACCUGCACCCAGACUGCAGACAUAAUGCAGGUCUGGCGGAAACACUUUGACUGUCUCUUGAACAACCGUUCAGAGAUCGACUGGCCUACAUUGAAUGGCCUGAAGCAGCACGAUGUGAAGGCGGAUCUGGCAGAUACGCCGAGACUGGAUGAGACGCAGAGAGCACUUGCUCAGCUGCGAAACGGCAAAUGUGCCGGAGGUGACGGGAUCCCACCUGAAGUAUUGAAACACGGUGGACCCGCGUUGUUGACUGCGCUGCACCACUUGGUGCAACGCGUGUGGAUUGAGGAGGAAGUGCCUUCUGAGCUGAAGGAUGCCCUUGUGCUACCACUGUACAAGGGCAAAG